GAUAAACUAAAAGAUAAAAAUAAACCGGAUAUCAAUAAAUUCUUAAACCUCCUGAAAACCCUAAGCCCACACAUUUGAAUCAGCAAAGAAACUCCAUGGACGUUGAAUCAAUAACAGAAGAGACGGAGCUGCACGACAAACAAUCCGAAUUGGAUGUCGCUCCGGCCUUAAUUGCCGUCCACCCGACCCAUCACUCUCUCGUAGUUGCCAUCGGGUCGGAGCUCCGAGUUUUCGAUCUCCAAGGAAGCUGUUGUGUAAUAUUAGGGGAUGGUUCUAGUGGCCACAAGGAUUCAAUUAGAGCUGUAUCGUAUGGAGCAAAUGGGAAGCUUUUUGUUUCGGCUGGUGACGAUAAACUCGUCAAGAUUUGGAAUACAGACACAUGGCAGUGCAUUUACAAUGUAUCAUCUGAAAAAAGAGUUACUGCAGUUGCAAUAAGCAAUGACGGCCAUUAUGUUAGUUUCGCUGACAAAUUUGGAGUUGUCUGGGUUGUGGAACUGGAAGGCCUUCACCAGAGUUCAGCUGUGGUUGAGAAGAAACCAGCACCUAUGCUUUCCCACUAUUGUAGCAUCAUUACUGGCCUGGAAUUUUCGCCAGAUGGAAAAUAUAUAGUUAGUGCUGAUAGGGAUUUUAAAAUCCGUGUUACCGCCUUUCCUACAAAACCACUAGAAGGAGCUCAUGAGAUACAAAGUUUUUGCCUUGGACAUACAAAGUUUGUAUCGUGCUUUACCUUCGUUUGCAAUCAGGAAUAUCCACAGGGGUUUCUUGUAUCUGGAAGUGGUGAUUCAACAGUUUGCUUGUGGGAAUAUGAAUCUGGAACCCUACUUAAUACAUGUGAAGUUGGAGCAGAGGCAGGGCUUCUUCAGUCUAAUGGGAGUGAAGAAGAUAUUCUUCCCGUAAUUACUGAUUUAUGUGCUUCCCGUGAUGGUUCACUUGUUGCAGUGGCUGUACAGAGCUUACCUGGAGUACUACUUUUGAGUUGUAAUCUCUCUGUUAAAUCACUUUCUAUUGUCAGGAAAAUAACUAUAACUGAAGAAGCCUUUAUUCCUACUUGCUUGAGUACUUCUUCCACAUCAGAAUUGUUAUGGCUAGUUAUGGGUGUCUCUAACUUAAAAGGUUCUGUUUCACCGUCUCUUGCCCGAGUGAGAGCGAUCUCCUGUUUCGGACAGAACAGUGAGCCUAUUAUAUUGGCAGACAGUGAAAUACCAGGUGGAGAACAACUACUUAAGACGUUGCAGGGUAAUUUAUCUAUUGAGAAAGAAGUAUUUUCAAGGACUGCUGAAGCUGUGAAAAUAGCAAUGAACAAUUUACUAAUUAAAAAAGAGUACAACGUGGAGAACAGAGAGUACAGGAAACGAGGCAGGAACGACAAGAAAAAAUAUAAAUGAACAGAGUUUUGCUAGUCACUAGUGUCUGAUCCUUCACCUCUAUACGGAUAAUAUUUAGUUUCGACAUUGUCAUUGCCUGUAAUCUUUGUUGUAAUUGUGGUGAUAGAUGUUCUUUAUGUAACUUAAGGGCUAGGAAUGAGUCAUGAGUGACUUGGCUACAUCUGUUUUUGUACUUCUGGAAAAUUUGUUAACAGAUAUCUAAUUGACUGUAAGAUUGAACAUUUGAACUCUU